GUGGAUGCUUACACGAUUCUCAACAGUUCCAAAAUCCGUGUUGAUGACCUUGAGCGUGCUUCGCGAAGCCUUACUAAAUUUUCUGAUGACUUCCCAAGUUUGUUUGAUCCAGAAAAUUUCGGCAUAAAUUUCCAUGGGUUACAGCACCUAACGGAGCAGGUGGACCUCUGGGGUCCGUUAUUUGCCUCCGAUCUUUUCGCAUUUAAAUCAAAAAAUGGGUGGUUGACCCGGCAUUCUUAUGCGAAACACAAUGUUACCCGUAGCCUGAUGCGAACCUUACUCGGCUCACAAAUUCUGCAGGAGAAAGCUGACCCUGUUUCCAUUCCAGCAGAGGUGCACUUAAUACGCAUUAUCCAAGGAAAGAGAGGUAAGAAAGGGUGGACCGGUGCAGGAUGGCGGUCAUGGUCGGCGGCAAUUAGUUCUCCAGACUGUUCCUUAAUACCACAAGAACACCCAUGUAAAAACCACGUUUUGAAAGGCCUCAAAACAGCAGUUAUUGACGGAAUAAGCGUGUGGACGGAUGCAUACCGAAAACCAAAACGAACACUGGUCAAAUAUUUCUUAGUGACCAACAGACGGACAAAACAAAAGAAAUACGUACGGGUUCAUCAGCUCCUUAUGUGCAGCGAUUGUAUCCAGUUACUUUUCAUCGGCUACAUAAUGCGGCCCGAAUUUAUUGAGCCGAAUAUUGUCAGGCUUUUUUCGCACCAUACUCCCCUCUCUCUGCCCUUCAACCGCUCGCCUGCCUCCUACUACGCCGGAUCCGGGUUACUUGCGCCGCUAAGCCUAUAA